UGAUACGCGAAAUCUAAAGCCUUAUCUUCCAAUUCAGUUUUCCUCCAAUCAACAAAGCUUCUCUAUUUCCUUCCAAGAUUCUUCCUUUUAUAACUCUUUUUUCAUCUAAAAAAUACAUUUCAGUUACUUGAGCUUUUCAUUGUCUGAAUUCUUGAUUUCAAUCAGAAGAUCUUUUGACCUUUGACAAGACCCCUCAUCAAAUAUCUGUUUUGUGAGUGAAAUUCUCUGCAAAAGAUUGUUUUUUUGUGGGAUUUCAGCAUAUGGGAUUUUGUUUGUGGUGCAAAUUGUGAAGAGGGUUGUUGUAAAAAUCCGAUCUUUGAUUGUGAGAAGAUGAAGAUUCAGUGCGAUGUGUGUGAGAAGGCGCCGGCGACGGUGAUCUGCUGCGCCGACGAGGCGGCGCUGUGUGCGAAAUGCGACGUCGAAGUUCACGCGGCGAACAAGCUUGCUAGCAAGCACCAGAGGCUUCUGCUUCAGUGCCUCUCCAACAAGCUCCCUCGUUGUGAUAUUUGCCAAGAAAAGCCGGCCUUCAUAUUCUGUGUCGAGGACAGAGCCCUCUUCUGCAAGGACUGCGACGAGCCCAUCCAUUCAGCCAACAGCCGUGCUGCAAACCACCAACGCUUCUUAGCAACUGGGAUCAGAGUGGCUUUAGGCAACGCCUGCAACGAGGGUAAUGUCAAGAGUGAGUUGGACCCGAAGCCCCCAAAAUCAAUCUCACAACAAAUUGGUCAGAAAUCCACCCCACUCCAUGUUUCUGGACUCACAUCUUCGUCGUGGGGUGUCGAUGAACUGCUGCAGUUUUCUGACUACUCUUCAUCAGAUAAGAAGGAGCAGCCAGACUUCACUGAGCUCGACUGGCUCACAGACAUUAGCUACUUUGGCGAGCAAGUAUGUCCGGAGGUUUUAUCAGCAGCAGAGGUGCCUCAGCUUCCGACGUCGCAGCCAAGUAGCAUGAUCUCUUUCAGGCAACCGAAAUCGUACAGUCCUUACAAGAAGCCGAGAAUUGAAGUUCUUGAUGAUGAUGAGGAGUUCUUCACAGUUCCUGAUCUUGGUUGAAAUCUUGAUGAUCACAAAAAUAUGUCUCAACUCAUAAACAAAAAGCUCAUAUAUAGUUUGUUAGGCAUAUUUGUAGUGUGUAAAUGAGAUUUCUUGGAUGCAUGAUGUAGUUGAAUGAUGUUUCUUGUGACCCUCUUCUCUUAUAUUUCACUUAUUUGUUAGUACUUUA